AUGAGAGAAUUCAGUUUCUGUUUCUGCUUAUUAAUUUUAUGUAUUUCAUGGGCGGCAGUUCACACGUCCAACAACAGCUGGUUUCAAAUUGAUGAUGAAGAUGCUAAUUUGUCAAUGCCAGAUCUGAUAAGCAAAUAUGGUUACGAGGUUGAAAUCCAUACGGUGACGACACGAGACGGAUACGGUUUGACCAUGUUCCGCAUUCUACCCCAACAACCAGCUCCAACUGCUAAAUAUCCCGUUCUGUUAACCCAUGGCCUGCUGGGAAGCUCAGCCGAUUUCGUUAUCAUGGGUCCCAACAACAGUCUCGCCUACUUGCUCGCCGAUAACGGCUACGACGUUUGGUUGGCCAACGCGCGUGGAACUCGAUACUCCAGAUCGCAUAGAACUCUUUCUGUUGAUUCAAAGGAAUACUGGGACUUUUCCUGGCACGAAAUAGGAUACUAUGACCUACCUGUAACGAUCGACUACAUUUUGAAGGCAACCUCCGCAAGCAAACUCCACUACAUAGGAUUUUCCCAAGGUACAACAAUCUAUUUCGUGUUAACAACAACUCGUCCGGAAUAUAACGACAAAAUAGCCCUGAUGAUAGCGUUCGCGCCUACUGCAUUUGUCAAACAAAUUAGGAGCCCCAUUGGGCAGUUGCUCAUUACAGUGAUGGAAGGUUUCAAAACGUUUAUGGCUUCGUUGAACGUGUACAAACUAUUGCCGUACACUCCAAUCUACAACCUACUUGCAAAGCUGAUAUGUGACCAACAAUCUCCAAGCAUCUGCCCCAGCAUAUUUGCUCAAAUCGUGGGACCUCACCAAGCAGGGUACGACCGAAAGCUGACGACGAUUUACAGUGGGCACACCCCAGCGGGGGCAUCUUUCAACCAGAUAAUCCAUUACGGUCAAAUUUGGCACAGUGGUCUGUUUCGCCAAUAUGACUUCGGUCAGGAAGGCAACAUCCGGAAGUACGCUGCGCAAGAACCACCCCUCUAUAAUCUCAACCUCUCAACGGCCCCAGUCGCACUCUACUACGGUCUGAAUGAUUGGCUGGUGCAUCCUCGCAAUGUUCAGUAUCUGGCGAAAGUGCUUCCCCGAGUAAUCGCUGCUAAGCCCGUGGCCGAUAAGAAGUUUAAUCAUAUUGAUUUUUUAAUGGGCAAGAAAGUUCGCUCCCAGGUGUACGACGAAGUGAUUUCUUUGAUGGGAAUGUUUAAUUAAAACAAAUCUAUACACAUAAAAAUGAAUUUCUGUCUGUCUGACCCUUAUAGACUCGGAAACUACUGAACCGAUCGAAAACUUGUAUGCAGAGGUUUUUGG